CAUUAAAAACCCUAAUCUUGCUGUUGCUGUCUUCUUCUCCUCCUCUUCGGCUUAUUGUUGAGUGAGAGAAAUCGAUAUCUAAAAUCAAAAUCAAAGCCGAAGCAAAGAAAAAGAAGAAGAAACAAGCAUGAGGCCGAUAUUGAUGAAAGGCCAUGAAAGGCCUUUAACUUAUCUUAAAUACAACAAAGACGGUGAUCUUCUCUUCUCUUGCGCCAAGGAUCACAAUCCCACCGUCUGGUUCGCCGACAACGGCGAGCGUCUCGGCACCUACCGUGGCCACAAUGGUGCCGUUUGGUGCUGCGAUAUCACAAGAGAUUCGAUGCGGCUUAUUACUGGGAGUGCGGACCAGACGGCGAAGCUGUGGAAUGUGCAAACAGGGGCUCAGUUAUUCACUUUCAAUUUCGAUUCUCCGGCGAGGUCGGUGGACUUCGCUGUUGGUGAUAAGCUUGCUGUCAUCACCACUGAUCCUUUCAUGGAAUUGACCUCCGCUAUUCAUGUCAAACGCAUUUCUAGAGACCCCUCUGAACAGACUGGGGAAUCUGUGCUUAUUUUAAAAGGCCCUCAAGGGAGAAUCAAUAGAGCUGUUUGGGGACCACUUAACAAGACUAUCAUAAGCUGUGGAGAAGAUGCUAUAAUUCGUAUUUGGGAUUCUGAGACAGGAAAACUUCUUAAAGAGUCAGACAAGGAAUCUGGUCAUAAGAAGACAAUAACAUCUCUUGCUAAAGCUGCAGAUGGAUCACACUUUCUCACUGGUUCCCUUGAUAAAUCUGCUAAGCUUUGGGAUUCGAGAACAUUGACUCUUAUCAAGGCCUAUGUGACAGAGCGCCCAGUCAAUGCUGUUGCCAUGUCUCCACUUCUUGAUCAUGUGGUGCUUGGAGGUGGUCAGGAUGCUUCAGCUGUCACGACAACUGAUCAUCGUGCUGGGAAGUUUGAAGCCAAAUUCUAUGACAAGCUUCUUCUAGAAGAAAUUGGAGGCGUGAAAGGGCACUUUGGACCUAUAAAUGCUCUAGCUUUCAAUCCUGAUGGUAAAAGUUUCUCGAGUGGAGGUGAAGAUGGUUAUGUUAGGUUACAUCACUUCGACCCAGAAUAUUUCAACAUCAAAAUCUAAAUUUUGGAGCAUUUGUAUAAGAAUCAAGCCUUGCAACGACUGGAAGAAAUAUUGUUGUUUUGUCUGUGGGAGGAGCACAGUUUUGUAGAAGUUUAUAUUAAUGCACAUAAAUCAGGCGUUUAAUGUUGCUUGUUCUGAGAAUUGCAUUUGGAAUUUAGUAUAUUAUUAUGAGGUGAUUCUAAUUCAUUGUUAGUUGUUU